AUGGCUAGCAGUGAGUGGUUUCAGAGUGCCAGAAUGCCCACCUCUAAUCCCACACAAAAGAAGAACUUGCUAGCUCAUGCUCCUAUGCAGCGUGUGAAUGUAAGCCCAGAAUUUUCACCUUCUCAGAGGUGCUGUGCGCAAAAUUCAGCCCGGAAGGUGACACAAAUUGCAGAACCUUUGUGUGCCAAAGUAGCCCAUCCAUCUCCAGUGUCAUCACUUCCUUCAAAGAGAAUACUAGAGGGGCUUAUUGCAAAAUAUAAAAGUGGAGUAAUAAACCCAGUAUCUGCUCUGCAUCAGUUUGCGCAAAUGCACCGUGUACCACUUGAAUUGAAAGAAACUAGUGUGUCUGGCAAUAAUAUAGGGACAUAUUUUGCUUUUUGUGCUGUGGUGGAUGGUGUUUGCUACAAGACUGGAUUGGGACAAAACAAAAAAGAAGCUAAAUCAGAUGCUGCUAAAUUAGCUCUUGUUGAGCUGCUUGACUUGGAGUGUGUAGAGGCAGUGGAUUCUGAAAAGUCAGGUCCUCCUUGUAUUCCCAUUGAAGCCAAACUGCCAGCAAACUCUGUUCAUGUUUCAAAGAUACGUUUUGAAGGAAGACCUCUUAUGUAUCAAAAGCUUUCACAGACACUCAAAGGAGUAUUUAAUAGUCUAACUGCCAAAUAUCCUGAGUACCGAAGUUGUGGCAGUUCACUAGCUGCCUUCAUCAUUGAAAAAGCUGGACAGCAUGAAGUUGUAGCUCUAGGAACAGGAGAAUACAAUUACAGCCAGUGCUUUCAUCUUCGUGGGAGAGUGGUGCAUGACAGCCAUGCCAUUGUUACUGCAAGACGUUCGCUACUUAGAUAUUUUUAUAGGCAUCUUCUCCUAUUCUAUAAUGAAAAAACAGCAAGGACGGAGAAAUCCAUAUUUUGCACAGUGCCAGAUUCAAAGCUGCUUACCCUAAAGCAAAAUAUAAAUAUUUUUCUCUAUAUGAAUCAGUUGCCGAAAGGAUCUGCUCAGUUAAAAUCACAGUUGCACCUCAAUCCACAAUCUGUAUCUGCUUAUGAAGCUAAUGAAGAAUUGAGUCUUCAUGUUGCCGUAGAAGGCAAGAUUUACCUAACUGUUUGUUGUCCUCCUAAAAUUGUUAGAGUAAACAGCAUGUCAGCUAGUGACAAAUUAACCAAAUGGGAAGUGGUUGGUAUUCAGGGAGCGUUGCUGAGUCACUUCAUUCAACCAGUUUAUAUCAACACUAUACUCGUAGGAGAUGGAAAUUGCAAGGAUACAAGAGGAUUAGAAAUAGCUAUAAAACAACGUAUUGAUGAUGCACUUUCAUCAAAGCUUCCCAUGCUUUAUCUAGUCAACAGAUCUCAUACUUACUUGGUGAAUGCUGCACACACAGUUCAAAUGGAUGUAGAACAGAGGUCUCUUAGUUUGAAUUGGUCUUUGUCAGAUACAUCACUGGAGGUUGUGGAUGGGCUAAGUGGAAAAACCACUGAAAGUUCACCAUUCAAAAGUGGUGCUUGCCUGGCAAGUCGCCUUUGCAAGGCUGCAAUGUUUAGUCGUUUCAGAUUGCUUGCUAAGGAAGCAAAACAGAAUGACUUGCUUCAAGUUGAUACGUACUAUGAAGCUAAGAUUAAAUCUAUAUCAUACCAAGAAGCUAAAAACUUACUGAAAUGCUACUUAGAGCAGCAUAGUUAUGGAUCUUGGAUUGUGAAGUCUCCAUGUAUUGAACAGUUCAGUGUCUGA